UGUAUCUGAUCCUAUGCCACCGUCGACGGCACAGUAAACUCUCGUCCUGCACACCACAUCAUCGUACUCGAGUUGACUGCUCUCUUGCGAUAUUCACACACAAUACAAUAGCAUGAGGGUCGCCAAAUUCAUCCUGUUUGCGGCACUCGCAGUGACGUCGACACUAGCCCAACAAAAGUCCGAACAACAAACGUUUGUUCGGCCUCAGAGUAGAAUUCUCACGCCUUUGGACCUGGAACCGCAGGAACCUCUACCCCAAUCGUUCCGGAGAACCGCUUUGCCUUUGUUCAGGGGCCGUGGAUUCAGUCUAGAUGGUCAAGAACCCAAACCCGUGCUCGUCGGCCAACAGAGAUUCCCAAUGGAAGAUGGAGAAUUCAGCAAGGACGAAAGCAGCAGCAGCAGCAGCAGUAGUAGUAGUAGCGAGAGUAAAGAAAACAACAAACCGGACGGACAGCUCAACGUCAGGCAGACUAUUCAGCAUCAACAUCAGCUGCAACAGCAACAGGAAAUAAUGCACCAACAACCGCCGCAGUUUGCCGGAUUCAGAGUGCAGCCUCCGUUGCAAUUACGACCGGCCACCGAAGUCCAACCACAUGUGCAGCCACCGAAGAAAGUUUACCAGAGGCCUCAGAAACGAGUGCAUGUAGUACAACAGCCCACGGAACAAACGGCUGCGGCUAGGUCUCCGGAAAUUGUCCAAAGAGUUAAAGUCGAACGAACCGAGUCUGAGAAACACAGAACGAAAAAACCCGUAGCGCAGGUACUGCGAAGGUACAGCGACGGCAAUCCGGACGGUAGCAUCACAUGGGGAUACGAGAACGACGACGGCACGUUCAAGGAGGAAACUAUCGGCGUUGACUGCGUGACCCGCGGCAAGUACGGCUACGUGGACCCGGAGGGAGUGAAGCGCGAGUACUCGUACCAGUCCGGCAUACCGUGCGACAGAAAAUCCGCCGGCACCAACGGAGCCGGUCUGACGGCCGUCGAAGAGGCGCAGGCUAGCGACACGCACGGUUACAUAGAUUAUUCGACGAAUCAGUACGUCAUGGCCAACGGUCAAACGUUCAGCCUAAACGGUAUGGCCAAGAACAGAGCGAGGAAACCGGUGCGCAAAAUGCCAGUGGUACAAAUCGCCGACCACGGUUCGUUCGAUGGAAAAUGAGUGCCCGAUAAUAUUUUAUGUCCUACGGCCGCCGCUCUAAGUCGUACCAGGAACGAAGUUCGCGAACUUUUUCAAUUUGAAAAACUAGAGCAAUUUUGAGUUAUAGUAUUAUUAUAAAUUAUUUUAAUAAUUAAACCAGUAGACUGUUUUGUAAUAAAAAAAAAAAAUACCAACAAUAAUUGUAUAUUUUAUUUGUAAUAGUCAAUGCUAUUAAUUAAUGUAAGUACAUUGUCCAUCGCAUGUCGCCUACCUUCUUGACAUCUGCAUCGGGUCGGAUUCAAUAAAUUAAUACUUAGAUACGAAAACGA